ACCAUUCCUGAAGUGUGCUGGGGACUGUAUUUCUGUAUUGCAGUGCGCUCACCUCUCUAAUCAAUAGCAAACACAGCAUUCUAAUACUGUAACUAGGGCAACGGGCACAAUUGCCUGCUGAUAGGCCAGAAUCUGAGGGGAACGCCGGAUUGGUGGUUUGCAGAGAUGGCCAUGAAGAAUUGGGUUUUAAUGUUGAUUUGCUCCAAAUAGGGGAGCAGUGGGAAAGCAGGUACAUCUCCGAGACUGCACUGCAGCUUGGGUUAGCCGUACUUCAUGACUGAAGAGAGAGCAGCCUGUCUAAUGAUGGAUAGGAGCGUGCUGAAUAAAUAGGCAGACGUGAAGCCACAUUAGCUGCUUGUAAGAAAUCAGCUGUGGCCGAGACACAAUCAAAGCACAGUCCACUGCCGAGGCACACUCUCUCACUAUAGAAACUGCAGCUUGUCAUCUUUUGUGUUGCCGACGGAAAGAAACCUGGAGUUGCGUGCUUGAUGUGCCCCGCAUUUCUGUUGAUGAUGGGAUCAGUAGAAGCCGGCAGCUGAUGCAGGGACUGCGAGUACCAGACCUCGGAAUGGAAGCACGGAUGGAAGAGGAGAGCCGGUCAUCAUCGCAGCAUCUCUUUGUCACUGUUGAGGGGACACCAGCAUCUCACUCGUGCAAUAACAUUAAAGAAUGGGAAAUGGAUGCUUUGCAGCAGAAUGGCACUAGUUAUGAAUCACUGAUGAGACGCAACACAGAACUGCUGAAAGCUGUUGAAGAAUUGGAGCGCACAUGCAUAACACUUAGAGAGGAGAACACUUUACUGCGGAAAAGCAGCUCUCCAGAGACUGAAGAGAAAGUGAAGAGACUGAAAAGGAAGAAUGCUGAGCUGGCAAACAUUGCUCGACGUUUGGAGGAGCGAGCCCGGAAACUGCAAGAGGCGAACCUCAGAGUAGUAAACUCUCCUGCUCCAGUUAAAGGCUACAGUUUGGAACAUUACAAGAAAGCCUUUGCCAGACAAUGUGCCAAAGAUCUCUCCGAACAUGCUGACAUUAUCCUUGCUAAAGACAAAGAGAUAGAAGAAUUGAGGCAAGAAUGUCGUGACCUUCAUGCAAAACUGGGACCAUCAACGGGGGCUCCAGAUCAGUUAAAGCAGAGUGACUUUGAGCGAGUGUUGAGGGAAUCUCAGAAGGAAGUAUUGCGACUGCAGAGACAGUUAUCUGUGGUGUCUCUGCAAGGAUCUUUGCACUUGAGGGGCCAAGGGACACCCACAGCUGAAAUAUCAUCAGUGCAUCCAUUGCUAUCCCUGCAAGAUACAACAGAAUUCUCCAAGACCACGGAGGUAACCGAAUUAUGUAAAAAGCGGAAAGAAUGUGAAAGCCAUGAGCAAGAAAUAAAGAAACGGCAGCGGAUAUGUCAGGAUUUGGAGAAUGAGCUGAAGCAAGUCUGGAGUGAGAAUGCACGGCUAACUGAAGAGACAAUUAGACUCACCCAACAGGCACAGGAGACUGAUAAGAUUAAAGCUCAGAACAAUGACCUGAGAGAGAGACUCUCAGUAGUGACAGCAGAACGAGAUUCAGUUCUGAAGGAGAAUCAGCGACUCCAAGCCAAGCUGGAGAAUCUAGAGCAAGUCCUGAAGCACAUGCGAGAGGUGGCAGAACGUAGGCACCAGCUGCAGUUAGAACAUGACGGAGCACUGACCAUUCUGCAAGCCAAACAGAAUGAGGUUGAACGACUGCAACAGGCCCAGUUUGAUGCAAAGAAGGAGCAUGAAGGGAUGGUCCAGUUACUGGAGGCGUUGACCUACCUAGUUUUGCAGCGAGAGCUGGCAAAGGUACGAGAUCUCGAGGAGAAAUGUCGGAGUCAAAGCUCGCAAUUUAGUGUUCUCUCCCAGGAAUUGGAGCAUUUCCGACUACAAACUGGAAACAUUGAUCUAUUAACGAACACGCUUGUUAACUCAGAUACAUCUGGAUUGAUCUUCCACAGCCAACCUCAGCUCCUAAAUGGAGUGGAACCACCCUCAGUGGAAAAAGUUGCAGAAGAAAUUCCCCCAUCAGUUUGUGAGUCUCCAAGUCCACCUCAGGAUGAGAAGGAGGAAGAACAGGAGGAAGAGCAGGUUCCCGAUGAGCCGCAGGUUCAGUCAGUCACUGUCUCCCAGAAAGAGGAAGAGAUCGCAACAGAAGUUGGCACCAUCAGCAGCAAGAUACAACCAGAAUCAAACCAGAGCUCUAGCAAAGAGACUCCCAAAACAGAAUUAUCACAAAGCAGCCCAAAGUCUUGUACAACUCCAGAGGUAGAUACGGCCAGUGAAGUGGAGGAGUUGGACAUUGAUAAUGUCUCCUCCAUUCCCGAGCCUGAGAGCAGAGUCACUGCAAAAUUGAAGGUGUUCAUUGCUCGGUACAGUUACAAUCCCUUUGAUGGGCCCAAUGAAAACCCAGAGGCAGAACUGCCAUUAACAGCAGGAGAAUAUAUCUACGUAUUUGGAGACAUGGAUGAUGAUGGAUUCUACGAAGGAGAGCUAAUGGAUGGGAGAAGAGGAUUGGUUCCUUCCAACUUCAUUGAGCGCGUAUCUGAUGAGGACAUGUUGACGUUUCAUCCUCCAGAAACCAAUGAUUUGUCUCACAGUUCAUUCCAGGAGAUGAGUUUCCACAGUGGUAGUGAGCAGAGCCUCCCACUACAGAAGAACAGCAUUGAAAUGUCAGAGACUUCCAGCCCCCAUGAAGAUCUCACUCUGCAUGACUCACAGAUUAAGCCAGAGAGCCAUGUAAGCAAUGGCUUUGAACUGAAUGCAGACGAAAUUGCUGAAUAUAAUGAAGAUGUGAUGCCUUACCCCAGGAAAAUGAAAUUGAUUAAACAACUUGCCAAAAGUAUCAUUAUUAGCUGGGAGCCCCCUCUCGUUCCAGGUGGCUGGGGUACAAUAUACAGCUAUAAUAUCUAUGUGGAUAAAGAAUUACGGAUGAAUGUAAACUUUGGUGCACAGACCAAAGCUGUAAUAGAGAGACUGGACCUUAAUGCUAAAGCUUACCGGAUCUGUGUGCAGUGUGUAACAGACAAAGGGAACUCGGAUGAAAUAUGUAGCAGCAUGCUCGUGGGGAAAGAUGUCUGUGUUGCCCCAAUACAAUUGAAAAUCCAUUGUAUCACUGCAACCUCAGCGGACAUUUCUUGGUUGCCAAGCAACAGUAAUUAUAGCCAUGCUAUUUUCCUCAAUGAGGAAGAGUACGAAGUGGUAAAGGCAGGGUGUUACUCAUGCGCACUCAUGAACAUAAGGCCGAACAUGAAGUACAAGGUGAAAGUGGAGGCCAGACCACAUCAGAUGCCAUGGGAGCUGCCACCAGACCGAAGACAACUCAAAUGUGUGUACACACAGUUUGCAACUUUGGCAGCAGGUCCUCCUGAUGCCCCACUGGAUGUUCAGAUAGAAGCUGGCCCCACCCAGGAUGUUGUGAUAAUCAGUUGGCUACCAGUCACCAUAGAUGCUGCUGGGACUUCCAAUGGUGUGAGAGUCACUGGAUAUGCUGUCUAUGCUGAUGGACAAAAGAUUAUUGAAGUGAUGUCCCCCACAGCUGGUAGCGUGCUCGCCAGACCCAGCCAGAUUCAGCUUCUGCAGGUGUCUACGGAACUCGCUGUCCGUACCAUGUCCCCUUAUGGUGAAUCAAUAGACUCCAACCCCAUCAAAAUUCCUCGAGCACUGUUUACAUUUCCUUCGCACUCUAUGCCAUUACAAACUGCCCCUGAGAAAUGUCCCCAUCCUGACAUAAAUGUUCCCCUCAGUAAUGAAUUACCCAACGUAGAUUUCAGUGACGAAUCUCUGUCUGGGAUAACUUGUGACCAGGCUCUGACUAUGGACAGUGCCACAAGCUGUAAUGGAAAUCAACAGGAAAACACCCCAUCUGAAUUUAAUACUUUAAGUCAGGUGGAUGAUACAAAGCCAAACAUUGAAGAGCCAGCAUGUGUCCAAGAAGACAUCAAAAUGACAGAAAAUUUGAAGGCAGGUGCUGCGGGUUUAUUCGAUUACAGUAAAGAGAACAAAGAUGAAGAACACUUGAAAGAAGUCACAGACCAUUUGGAAAAUGCUCAACUAAAGAGGUCUGUCGCCUUUAUUGAGGAGUUCCUUGAGGACUUGGAGCAGAAGGAAAAUAUUGACAUUAAGGAAGAUUCUAAUUGGAACCAUUUGGAAAGUGAUCCCAGGGAUCAGAUGAUGGAGAUAAGAACUGUACAAGCACCAAUCAAUAGAACCCAGGAGUGCAAAGAAGAGAUAGAAUGUGAUGUUUCCCCGACUAAUAUUAGGGUUCCAUCCAUUGAGGAAUUUCUGUCAGAUAUCGAAUUAAAGGAGGAAAAAAUACAUGUUUCUGUGGAUGAAAAGAUGAUUGAAGAGGGCCAGCUUGGAUCUGAGGUAAACCAUCUGCACGUCGUUAAAGCUGACAACCAUGAAAAUGAGGAUUAUCCUCCAGACAAUAGUCGUGGCUCAGACCUCUCCGAUAUCAUGGAAGAAGAUGAAGAAGACCUGGGAUCAGACUCUCAAGCCAAUGACGAUCUACAGAACCAUGAAAACAACUUAAACAGAGAGAACUCACUGAAGCCUGAACAGUAUGAAACUGAUAGCGAUGAGGAGUUUUUGGAGAAAAUUCUAGAACUUCCUUUGCAGAAACAUUGCAGUAAGAAACUAUUCAGCAUUCCUGAAGUAACCAAAGAAGAGGAGGAUGAGCAGGAGGAGAAAAAGGAAGAGAAGGAGAUGGUGGAAGAGAAGAAGGAAGAGGAGGAGGAGGAGGACAAGGAAACCAUUUCUGGCAGGACUCAAGAUUGCACUCAAAAUCAAAAGCAAGGAAUAGAGGCCUCCAACUGCUCUCAGGAUGAAGUACACGUAGAGGAUCAGAUAUUUAACUGUAUGCAAACUAGUUCUAAUGACCAGAGUCCAAGAGAUCAAGUCUCAAAUCUUGAAACCAAAAAUAAAGAAAUGGAGAAACAGCCAGUCUCCAAAAUAAAUUUGCAUGAAAGCACAAAUCUAGAGGAGGGUGCCACAGGUUUGAAUGGUGCUCAAAGUGAGCUGGAAUUCAUGGACAGGGAGGAAGACUUACUGUUUAACAAUACAUAUGAUCAGCGUAACAAGCAGGAACCAAGUGAAAAACACACUCGCUACCCUAGGAGCAAUUUCAAGAAAAAGGAAUGGUGUGAAGAGGCCAGUUACAAGUUUCAUAAUAGACAUUCCAAGGAAUGUAUCAGAUCCCCGGAUUGGAAAAGGAAGACUUCAGAAUACACACAUAAAAGCACCAUUGAUGACCAUGUCCUAGAAAGCACUCCAGAUAAAUCACAAUCAGAGGAAAGCCACAGGGAUAUUUUAGAUAUGACUGUCGUUGAUCCAUCAUCUUUAUUGCAAAUGCAAUCUCGAACUCAGAUUACUUCUAUGACUCCCGAAAAGUUCAAUGUACCAGUUACUGGGAGCACUCAUUACAACAACAUGUACCAGGCGUCACAUAAAGAACUAGAAAUAGACAUAGAGUAUGGCACUGAAGAGGAGGAAGAAAUACCAUCUCCUAACGUGCAUUUCUGUUCAAAUAUUAUUCAUCUGGACCAAAUGAAAUCAGGUUGGUCGCAUGGUGGCCAGAAACACAAUGAAGAUGAGUGUAGUCAAUGCAGCCAGUAUGGUUCUACCCACUCAAAUGAUCAAAGUCAAGCAUCGGUUAAAUAUGAAGUUUUUGAUUUGAACUCUGGCUAUACUAAAUCUCCCCAUUGUCAAAAAAGGAGAGAUAAAGCCACUCUCCCGAGGAAUCAGCUGCAUCGUGCUCAAGGGAGACUAAAGGGAAAAAUUACAGAGGAGAAAAAGUUGGAGGCUUUGAAAAUGGAGACUUAUGACUUGGGCAGAACAAGGGCAAGGACAAGAACAGAAUAUGUGGAUUCAGCAUGUACACCGGACUUUGUGGUAGAUUUAGAUUCAGGCUCUCAUUGUGCUCCUGACUCACCUGCAGUACGAGCUUUAAACCCCCAAAAUAGCUCCUCCCUUAGGCUCGGUAGAGGGGAGUCGUUCGUUUCCAAAGAUAUUGGCAGCACUGCUUUACGUGCAGAGACUUCCAGAAGUCAAGAGAGUUCAAUCCUAGAUGGAUUCAAGGAUAUAGAUCCAAAGGGAAUGGUGGAUGGUGUACUUGUUCGCAUCUUUGUGGCUUUGUUUGAUUAUGAUCCUGCAACGAUGUCACCGAACCCGGAUGCUGCAGAGGAGGAGUUGGCAUUUAAAGAAGGCCAGAUCCUAAAGGUAUAUGGUGAUAAGGAUGCUGAUGGGUUUUACCGUGGAGAGGCAAAUGGCCAGACCGGCUUUGUACCAUGUAACAUGGUCUCAGAAAUCCAGGUGGAUGAUGAUGAUGUGAUGGAGCAGCUGUUACUGCGGGGUUACCUGGCCCCCAGUACAUCCAUGGAGAAGCUGAGCAGCCACAUGCUCUCUCAGCCGCCACGCCGCUCUGCCCCUCCUUUGAAGCCAAGGCGAUCCAAAAAAGUGCAUUCCAACACGUGGAAGGAAGCUCGGCAGCGAGAAUGGAAUCGACCUAGCGGCGUACUGCAGAACUUGCCGAUGAAAAGGAUGAUGGCUGUUUUUGAUUACGAUCCCAGGGAAAGCUCUCCUAAUGUGGAUAUUGAGGCUGAGCUGACUUUCAGUGCUGGUGAUAUCAUUGCUGUUUACGGGGACAUGGAUGAGGACGGUUUCUAUUAUGGUGACCUGAAUGGAGUAUAUGGACUAGCACCAUCCAACUUCCUGGAGCUGAUCAGUGCAGAGGAGACAGUGGACACAACUAUGGGGAAUGCCCAGCUAAGGCUUCCUCAGAAUGCAGUUCAGAAGGAAAAACAGCUGAGCUUGGACGAGGAAGAGGAUUCAAAUCGUGUCGGAACAUUGAACAUCCAUCCCAACGUAACAGCAGGGUGUUUGGACAAUCACGGAUACAACGAGAAUUCCAACAGCAAGAAAAAAAAGGGAUUUUUUUCAAAAGGAAAGAAACUAUUCAAAAGAUUGGGAUCCAGUAAAAGAGAAUAAUUCACCUGGAAUCCAUUAAAAGUGUGAAACUCCCACGUGAUUCAGUAAACAUGAGUAACUCAUCUAGAAUCCCGAAGAGAACAAUCUGUGUUCCACCAAAAUGGAUUAAGUUCUACCUAGGAUACAAACAAUAGUGCAAGUUGGAUCCAACCACAGUGGAAUUCUAUAUCAGAUCUGGGAUUUAGUGAAUGGGUGAUUACCACUGAAAGUAAACAACACUCAGUUGGAAUAAGUAGAGGAAAAUUUUCCAUCCAACUUCCAGUAAAUCAAAGGAGCUCCCAUGUAAGACCAGAGUGAAGAUCAUCCGGAUG